GGCAUAGGCAUAGCUUUGCGGAGCGAAAGAAAGGAGGUUCGAAAACAAACGUGCUGUGUCCAUACUUUGUACGCUUCAGCAGCGUGUUUGGACUUUCCAUAGACUAACGUUAUUUCCCGAGAUAUCGACGAAGAGGAACGUUUCGUGUGUAUAUCGCGCACCGCUGUGAUUCUAACAUCUUGCACUGGGAGCCACCGCCAUCUGAAAUACUGGACAACAACAUUACCUGCAACAACAUUGCAUGGCUGCAUUCAGCCUCUGUCGUUGAACUUGUAGUGUGUAUGUGUGGUUCAGAGCGUUCUGCAAGAGACGUACGGAGUGCAGUGGGGAGCAGUAUAGCGUGCUUACUGCUAUCAUGACACCAAUUCAUUGUUGGCUGGUAUUAGCUGGCUCUGUGGCUUGUAUCUUCUCAACCGUGAUGGGACAACAGAGAGAAGGCUCAGAUGAAAGUAUGUUAGCACCAAGGUUUUCUGUCAGCAGCUCUUCAGUGUGGUUUAUAGGCCAGGAAGAGAAGGUGUUUGUCGUCAGCUUUGAUGUGUCCAAUGUGAAUGUCAGUGUGCACUUUGCUGAAGUUGGACGUCAGCGAGCCAGCUGGUCACUAAGACUGGAACAGAAAGGAUGGGCGAGAAUGUUGUCAGUGAAGUUAUCAGAUCGCAUCAUUGCCGGCAACAUGCGUAACCCGUACAAGACGCACACUCUUCACAUGGUCAUCAUGGCUUACCGGCAGGACGACGCCACCAAGCGACCUCUCUACUCCUAUGUGCUGCCAGUACAGCUGACCUAUGCCACACACAGACUUCUCGUCACUACCAACAGAAUGGUGUACAAACGGGGUGAAAACGGUUCAGUGAGUGCAGUCUUGAUGAGCAGAAGCAUGCAGCCAUACCAAUCCAGUGUCUCUUGCACUGUCAAGGCCCGGAAAGGCACAGGACAACCGAUUCUUACACUGGAUGGCUACACCCCUGUAGCUAAUGGGCUAUUGUGGCAAGCUCAACUAACCACCAGUCUUCUGCCAUCCGAUGUUCACCAUUUCCUUGUCCAGUGCAUUGCUCGUAGUAAGCGUCCGUUUGCAUCGUUCAGCACAUUCACAGUUGUGGAUCACGAGGAGACAGACUUGGCGUAUCAAACUGAUCUCGUGGGCAGACUCAAGCCAUUCUACAUUUCAUCAUCGCAAACUGCCACCACUCUGGAGUCGUGGCUAGAAUCCGUCCAGGCAGUAUACCCAUCUUUGCAAGCAGCCAGUGGUACGUCCCAUUUCAUUGCAGGCAACGGACGUAAGAUCUCCGAGGAAAAUCUGCGUCCGAAUGGUAAGCUACCCAACACUGCCGGCUUAGCACAGGCGAUAUCUGCAGCACUUGACCUCGCUCCACCGGGAACGCAGGGCUAUCUUGUUGUGCAAGAUAGUCUAUCAGCAGCUACUAGGAAAGUUCCAGUGCCAGUGUUUGCCGACCUGCCAGAGCUGGCAUGCACAGCACCGGUACUGAAUAUUUCAACAUCUCGCUACUUUGCCAAUGAUAUCCUGCGUAUCACGGUAUGUGCAAGCAGUUGCUCGGAUGCUCCACAGGUUGCAGCCUUGCGAAUUGUGGCAUUCAGAGAUGGCCUUGAGUUUGCUAGGAGACAGCGGACGAUUCCGACGCGUGACUUUGACGCACAAAAUUGCUACAUCACGCAGCAAGGCACAGGAACUGCUCAUUCUCUUCAGGUGUCUGUAACUGCACUAGGACACGCCGUGCAAGCUCAACGGGCCACUUUAGUCAACGGUGAUGCACCGGUGCAGAUUCAUUUUGGCAGGACGAACUGCACCAGACACAUGAGGAGCUCUUCGUGUGUAGUUUGGCUUCAUGUCAGUCACAAUCCGUUCCUUGGCUACAUUGUCUAUCAGGUCUCCUCUGGGCCUUCCUUGAUCCAUGCAUCAAGUGGUCGUGUUCAACUCAAUGCAGCCGGACAAAUCGCUCUGAAGAUACCUGUGAGGGCAGGCAACCCGGACACUCUAAGAGUAGCAGCUCAGCUUCAUGGUUUGCGCUUGUCGGAAAUGGCCUUUGCACACCGUACAAUCACAGUUUCACGCUCACAUAGCAGGUCACUUGUCCGUAAGAACUUUGUGGUGCUGGAGAGUUCUGGUGAUACAGCUCAGUUCUAUCCCAGCAGUAAUGUGGAUAUCAAGCUUCAUGCCCCGCAGGGAGCAGAUGUCUACGUGACGGCAAGACCUGUUGCGCAAGACUGCGUUUUGCGGGGUGAUGACAGCUGCAUGGAUCUACGUCAGCAGCAAGUACAUGGUCAGCAAUGGGAAGCAAACUGUUUGAAUACAAAGAUUGUGUAUGCACAUACAUCCGACUAUGCUGUGAGAGUGGAAGGCAACCAAGCCAGUCACAAAGGUGGCAGCUGUGCUCUACAACCGAGCCUAGCUGAAGAUGAGAUGAAGCCAACCUGGGAUGUGUCAUCACCUGCAGAUAACUCCUGGUUCCCCAGAGCUGUGAAACUAGGGAGCAGCGGUGAAGCUACGAUCAACGCCAGCUUCCCAAUGGUGUUUGGGUCAUUCGUAUUACAAGCAGUGGCACGAACUACAGCCGGUGUCAAGUUUAGUAACUUGGUCAGCGUUCAAGGUAAACUGCCCGCACCUGCUGAUAUCCUGGUGAGAUUGGACUUGCCACAACAGACACUGCGUGGAGGUGUACAGGGACUGGUGACCUGUAAUGUACAAACCAAGGUGGUCAAUCUUCAUGGACUGCGGGCUACAGUGCAACUGGAAAACCCUUCAAACAUCCCCAUGAGAAUUUCUGCGCGCAGCAAGUCCGUCAACAUAUUGCUUGCAGGCCGACAUGAGAUUGUGUUUGAAGUCACAGCAACCAGUGGUGGAGCUGGUGCCUUGUCUUGCUCCGUCAGUGCAGGUGGCUUCACGUGGCGACACACCAACCCCAGCGUAUCCAUCCUGGUAAGUACAUGCCCGGCACGGUGUGCAGUCUUCUGUGCAUCAGUGUGCUGCUCAUGCGCUGUGCAUGGGCCACGCAUGUGAUAUGCAGGUGCUGUG